UAGUAGUAUUUUCCUUUAAACUUCUCAUUUUUUUGUUUUUUUUUGUUCAUUUUGGUCAAAUAAAACGAAGAAUGCAAUUUCAUUGAAUGUGAUCUGUUUUGGUGAAACUUAUCGCAUCUGAUGAGUGUAAAAGUGUCGCAGAAAUAAGAAAAGAAAAAUAGUGAACCAAAUAAAAAGAGUAACGCUUCAAGUUUCUAUUAUAAUUUCGAUAAUAAAGUGAUAAUAAAAAGAAACAACAUAACAUAGUGUAACGCGGAUUUUAAAUCCAUUGAGAGAAGUAGUGCAAACUUUACUUUUGACUGACACAAAUACAGAGGCCAAGUAAACAACAGGAAAUCCAAACAAAGAAAUUAGUCAAUUUGGAAUUGCUGAUUUGGAAAACUAAUUGACCAGAAUAAAUUGAAUAUCGGCGCAAUUUAUCGUGUAUGAUUUGGUGUUCAUAUUGCAUGAAACAAGUGUACAUAUUAAAUUUGGUAUACCGAACGAGUUUUCUGUUGUUGUGUGUUUUUUUUUUCUUCGUCGUUUGUGUCACAAGAGUUUGCAAAUCAAAUUAUAUUAUCUUUAUAUGUGGAUGGGGAAUGUGCAAAUAACCUCAUUGCUGCUGCUGCUUUUUGUUGACAAAUAACGACAUAAAGACAUAUUAUGUAUAUAUGAGAGAACAAUUUGUGUAGAAAUAAAAAUGAACAUGUAUUCUCAUAUGAUUUUCGCUUAUAAUUAGACAAUAAAUGAUUCAUAAUAUAAUGAAAUUGUGAUUCUGUGCUGUCGAAGUGUAACAAAAUAAGAAAGAAAUAAAAGAAGAAUAACGUUUCACACUGCAACAGGAACAAAAAAAAUUGUUUUUUUUUUUUGUUGUUUUCUCCACCAAAAAUACGGAGAAAAAACCUUAACGCCGCACACCACUAUUUUAUUGAAUUUGCUUAUGCACGUCUUUAGCAACGAAUGAAAAAAAUGGAUAUCGUUGAUAUCAAUAAGGUUUUGGAUGAUCUUGAACUCAACGAAGAACAGCAUUCAAAGCUGAAUAAAUCGUCAACAAACAAUGACAAUUCAACGGGCAAACAGCAACAACAGCAACCGGAUUUGUAUUCAUCAUAUAAAUAUGGACAAACAACAAGCGGACCACCACCAUCCGUGGUCGCAACGACAACCAGUUCGACAAUGGCGGCUGCACCACCACGAAUCACAAAAACCAAUUUUGUUAAAGUUUCCAAUGUUUUUAACAGUUUAAGUGAAUAUAUGAAUGCCGGAAUUGAAGCGGUAAAAAUUGUUGAAGAAAAUGAGCCGCAUAAUAUGAAUUUGUCGUCAUCAAAAGAGACAUUUGUAACUUCCAAUUCGUCAAAAUUUAUCAAAAAUGUCAACAAUGAAUCAAGUGGUAAUCAUUCAUAUUUUGAUGAAUCGACCGUAUUAAAUAGUCGUGGAUUUGAGCCAGAUUUUUCAACGCCAAAUUUUGAAAAUCCAGCAUAUCCAAAUAAUGUAACAACAUCAGCAGCAUAUGAACCAGAGAUGAAUGCCCCGAUAUUACCUGUGUUAAAACAAUCCAAUCAAUUUGUACCAGCUUCAGUUUCCGAUCAAAUUAUACCAACAUCACUGUACGAAGGUAGCAAAAAUAUCCAAAAUCUCACGACGAGUUCAAAUCACAACAAUGACGACGACGACGAUGAUGAUGAUGACGAUUCCAAUGACGAUGAGGAGAAUGAAGAUGAUGAUUCAAUGUCAAGUGAAUCGGACGAUUCGAAUAGUGAUGUAUACGAUGAAAAAACGAGUGUUGAAAUUGAUGAUGGAAAUACGGUCGAUACAGCGGCUGAUUCGAUGGAAAUACGAACGGAAUUGUCAUCGGUUGUGCCACCAACAUCAAUAUCAUUGGAAAUAACACCAUCACAUGAAACGGAUACAGCACUGCCCGAUGCGCAUGAUGAAUCUAGUGAAUUGUUAGCAAACGAGUUACAAAGCAAUGAUAAUGCAGCAAUGCCUGAAGUCGAUCAAUGUGCCGCAGAACAAGUAAAAAAUGCAACCGUUUUUGAUAAUAAAAAUCAAACAUUGGAAAAGAAUAAUCGACCAGAAACGGUAUCAUUGUCCGAUGAUCGUUUUAUAAAACCAAUUACAUUUGAAACGGCUGCAACGAUGGAUGAUGUAUCUGAUACUGAAUUGGAGAGUUAUUUGCAAGAGCUUGAAGAUUUAGAAGAUCCAAAUCCAAUUUUAAUCAAAUCGAAAAAUGAUACGGUUAAAAGUGCCAUUAAUUCCCUAAAAUCCGAUGAUAUUGAACCAUAUGCAAAUGACGUUGGUUACGAUGGUGAACAAAUGAUUGAAAACAUUGCCGACAUAAAUCAAGCACAUGAAAUAAUCAAUCAAAUUGCCACCAAAGAUGAUCGCAAUGCGGACAGUUUUUCACAAGCAUCAACCGUUGAAUUUGGCGAAGUAAAUGCAACCACAUCAAGCAAUGAACAAAUACCAAAUGUUAUACAUUCGGAUCAACCAAUUGAAUCGGGCCAAAGUAUUAAUUCGGUUUUAAAUGUUGAACCAAUCAACGACCUUGAAAUUGAUAUGCAAACCAAUCCACCAAAUGAAAAUGAUAAUGAAUUGAAUGUGAAUUGUAAAGAACAUGAAUUUUCAUCGGAUUUAGAAAAUCAUACAAAAUGCUCGGAAUGUGAAUUGGAUCAACAAGCGGCUGGCAUUGCAAAACGACCAAAUUCAUUAAAUUUACAAAAUUGUAAUUCAACAUUGAUCGAACAAUCGCAACGACAACAACCACAAGAUCCAUCUGGUUCGGCAAUGAAUUACACGAAUGACGGUAAUGCCGGCAGCACACCUGCCGCAUUCGGACAGUUUUUAUCGUCGUCCAUUUCAUCAGAUGAUUCCAAUAUUAUCAACGAUAAUAAUCAAAUGAUUAAUCAGCUGGAAAACAGUCAAUCAAAUAUGGACAGUGAGUCAGCAAAUGAGUCGAAUGUGAGUGAGAACUAUGCAGAACAAUCAAUUUCAUCGAAUCUUACGAAUGUAGCAAACAUUUCCAUGAAUCAAAUUGGUAAAAUGGCACCAUAUUGGGUGCCAGACAAUAUGACCGUAUUUUGUAUGCAGUGCAAUCAAAAGUUUUCAUUCAUAAAACGUCGCCAUCAUUGUCGUGCUUGCGGUUUGGUGCUCUGUUCGGCGUGCUGUUCAUUGAAAGCAAAACUAGAGUAUCUUGGUGAUGUUGAAGCUCGAAUUUGUAUACAAUGUGAUAUAUUAUUGAAUCAAAACAGGGAUCCGAAUCGGAAUUUAGGCGAUCCGCAAUCCGCUGGUGUUGAUUCAGCUGCAAUGGUUAAUUCACCGUAUGGUGAUAUGCCAUCGCCAAUGGCGCGUUCACCAAAUCCAAAUAAUCCAAUGGAAUAUUGUUCAGUUAUUCCACCACAUCAACAAGUGAAUCAAGGGUCGGCAGCUGCACCAAUUUCCGUAAUGGUGCCGGUCGGGGUAUUGAAGCGUGAAGGUGUUCCAUCAAAAUCACAACGCAAAGAGAAAAAUGUAAUGUUCAGCGAUGGCAUUCGGCCCGGCUGUGAUUUAACCGAUUUAGAUAAUAGUUGGGAUACACGCCCAAACGGUAGAAAUGGCGAACUAUCAUCACCAUCACUACCCGAAAUGAAACAAACAUCGAAAUCAAAGACGAACACCAAUUUAAAAUUGCCGUCGAUUGAUCCGAAAACAAAUUCAUAUAUUCCACCAUCGAUACCAGCGAAUGGCGGUGCAAGCGAUAAUAAAUUGCCACCGAUUUGCGUUUCGACACGAACUGAAUUCAAAUAUGCCGAUGUAACCAAUAACGAACAACUUAUUGAACGUCUACAAAAUCAACAGCUUAAAUUUAUGUUACAACGAAAUUUCUAUGUUUUAGUCAAAAUAGUUAAAUUAACGUGUUGUAUAAAUAAGGCUGUGAUUAAUUUCACAACGCAAGGAAUGCAUUUGGUUGGCCAAGAUGAAAUUGUUAUUUUACUUGAAUUGGAUACAUCGAAUGAAUUGCCCAAGGACAUUUUUAUCCAUUUGAAUGAAAUCUACAGGGAUGCCGAUAAAGGUCAAGCAGUAACGGAUUUAAGCUUUUCGAUGGCAAGUACCACGCCAUUCUUGGGAUCAAAGGAACAUGGCGGCUUUCUAUUUAUUCGAACCACAUUUCAAUGUAUGCAAAAUAUAAUAAUACCGGAAAAUCCAUAUUUGAUUGGAAUUCUAAUACAUCGAUGGGAGGUGCCAUGGGCAAAAAUAUUUCCAUUGCGUUUAAUGUUACGUCUUGGAGCAUUACAUCGCUAUUAUCCAUCGCCUCAUGUUUCGGUACGCGGUCGAAAUUCGGUUUAUGCUGAAAUUGCACAAACAAUCAUCAACUUUUUGGCCGAUUUUCGAACAUAUUCAUAUACAAUACCAACCAUUCGUGGUAUGUACAUUCACAUGGAAGAUCGUCGAACAAACGUGCUCAUUCCGCGAAAUCGAUACGAUCAAGUGAUGAAAGCAUUGAACAAUUCAAGCGAUCACAUUUUUGCACUGGCUGCAAAUUUUUCCGAAUUGGCAGACGGUCAUUUGGUGUGUGUUCAAAACACAGAAUCCGGUUGUGCUGAAACACAUGCCUAUUCAACGCAAGCCAUUAACAUACAGGGUAAACCAAGAAAAGUGACUGGUGCCAGUUUUCUUGUGCUGAAUGGAGCUUUAAAAACCACAUCUGGCCUAUCUGGAAAAUGUAGCAUUGUUGAAGAUGGCCUUAUGGUGCAAAUUCUUCCAAAGAAAAUGGCAGCUAUUCAACAAGCACUGAAAACAAUGAAAGACAUUGACAUUGUUUGCGGUCCCAUUGACGGCGAUGAAUCACAAACUGAACUUGUUUGCAUUCAAUGGGUUGAUAAUGAUACUGAUUUUAAUGUUGGUGUAAUUUCCCCAAUUGAUAAAAAACCUAUGGAUGGAAUACCAAGUAUAAGAGUUCAUCAUGGAUUAGAUUUUGCCAAUUCCAAUCAUAUCAUUCGAUGGACAGAAGUUUUCAUUUUGAAGUCUGAUGAUGAAUCGGCACAUGGCAGAGAUCCAAUAGAUAUGAGCAAAUUGUCCGAGCAAAUAGCUCGAAGUGCAUCAAUGGCAUUGGUUUCGUUCUUGGACUUGUUGGCCACAAAUGGUAUGACAAAGUUGGCAAUUCGAGCAACAUUUGAUCAAGAUCAGGUGUGCUAUGAGGCUGGCUCACACUAUGACAAAUUGGCACCAUUAUACAUGAAUGCUUUGGACAAUGAACUAAUACCAACACUACAUCGACAGGCGACCAAUUUACAAUUGGAUCAAACAAUUAGCUUAGAAUUAAUAUUUCACAUCAUGGAUGUAUAAAAACAAACAUAUAUACAAAUUAUGCUAAUCAAGGAACCAACCAACCGGCCCAAUGUUUGCUCAGUAUAACAAUCGUUUCUCUGAUUUGCACUUGACAACAACAACUGGACCGUAUUUUCAAAACGAAAAAGAAAAAUCGAUUGAUUGCGUGGAUAAACUGCACACGCCAUAAUGAUAAACAAAACAAACAAAAAAAAACAUAUGAACAAUCUUAACAAAUGAUUACCUGUGAUAGAAAAUUUACUGAAAAAAAAA